UGGUUUGAGCCUUCCCAGUUUGGGACGUGGUGGGCAAUCCUGUCUACAAGCAUGAACUUGGCUGGAGGCUUAGGCCCCAUUGUCGCUGCUCUCGUGUCUCUGAACUACGAUUGGCGCAUGACUUUGUCCUUCUCUGGCUUCACCUGCGUGGUUGUCUCUUUUGUUUGCCUUGUCCUGAUUAAAAAUGAGCCAUCGGAUGUUGGGCUGCCCAACAUUGACCAAGGAGCCAAGAAAGGGAAGAAAGGCUCCUCCAGUGACAACAGCACCUUGACAGAGCUGCUGCUCUCUCCAUACCUCUGGGUGCUCUCAACAGGCUACCUGGUCGUUUUUGGAGUGAAAACGUGCUGUACUGAUUGGGGACAGCUCUUCCUGAUCCAGGAAAGGGGACAGUCCAUGCUUGUGGGGAGUUCCUACAUGAGUGCCUUGGAGAUCGGGGGCCUGGUGGGAAGCAUUGCUGCUGGGUACCUCUCUGACAGAGCAGUAGCAAAAGUGGGUCUGUCAAGCUAUGGGAAUCCUCGGCAUGGGCUGCUGCUUUCCAUGAUGGCUGGGAUGUGUGUGUCCAUGUUUCUCUUUCGGGUCACGGUCACGGGCGAGUCUCCCAAGGAAAACCACUUCUGGACUGUAGCCUUGCAACCUCUAGCUGAUCUGACAGGCCUAAAAGAACAUGAGCUGUGGAUCCUGACUCUGGGAGCUCUGUUCGGGUUCUCCUCCUAUGGGCCAAUUGCUCUGUUUGGGGUGAUAGCCAACGAAAGUGCCCCUGCCAACCUGUGCGGCACCUCCCAUGCCAUCGUGGCCCUCAUGGCAAACGUUGGGGGUUUCCUGGCUGGACUGCCUUUCAGUACCAUCGCCAAGCACUACAGCUGGGCCACAGCCUUCUGGGUAGCCGAAGUCACCUGUAUCGGUAGCACGGUGGCUUUCUUCUUUCUGCGGAACAUCCGCACCAAGAUGGGCCGUGCUCCCAGGAAGGCUGACUGAGGAUCAGCUGCUCGGUGAGGAUGUUCCCAUGCCAACAUGAAUGAUGCUCUUUUUUGUUUAACUGGCCUAGAAGUGAGUUUACCUAUUGCUGCAAUCUAGAUAAAAAUGUCUCAAUUUCUCAGCCACUGUCAGGUGCCUGAGGGCACCAGGUUCCUGCUACUGAUCACUUUUUCCCUCAAGAUGUGAUAAUUCACCUGGUUUACAUU